AUGGAUAAAUGUCGUGAAACGGCUCGAACAUUUGUCAAACAGGCCACAAGCAAUAGUAACCUGGACAUCUAUACCCAAGCUGUGACGACAUGCAACGUUGACCUCGAAGGUCUCUGGUCUGAUAUCAGUGAACACAAAAGUGACAAUAAUCUACGCUUCCUCCAAGAGAAGAGCUUGCAUCUGUUUGGAGUGAAUUUCAACUUGCGGAUGGAAGAGGAACAAAAAAAUACUAUAAUAUCGAAAUACCGAGAAGAUCGGCUUAAAGCAACCAUUGGACUGCGGGUUACAGCCCUUAUAGCACCCGUUUUUCCAAUGAAUGAGGCUAUGCAUAUUGAAGAUAUCCUCUCAAGCCUUGCUAUGUUCAGUUCAUCCAGUGACCCUUGGACAACAGUGGAAAGUGCCCAAAUGGCGACAGACCUUCUCCAAAAAUAUGAAAUUAAAUUUCGGGAAGAAGGGAAAUUUGGGACUUUUAUUGAAGGAAUGCUUCGCAGAAAGGUGAAGCCAGCGUUUUCUAAAACGAAGACUCCAGCAAUAACCUCCGCAGGACGCAAGGAUAUGCAUCCAAUUCCAAAACCAAGUUUUGACCCCACGUUGUUUGAUACAGGAACCAAACCGUGGAAGUUUAAAGAAGGGUAUAUUGUAUCAGUUCUUAAUUGGAUUGUACAACAGUAUCAGAACACAGAUCAUAGUAUGAUCGAACAGCACUUCCCGUUGCUUAUACCCGCAAUUCUAUCCUUUAUUGAUGAUGAAAACAUUGCCUACAAAGCUGCUGGCUGUCGCUUGCUCGAGGUCGCUCUUCGCCCACUUGAACAGGCCGGAUCUGAUAUCUUACGUCGAACUAACCUCGACUCUGUAUUUCAAGACGCGUUAUCUCACUGUCUCUUAUCUAUCCCUACGAUAACGCCAGAAAAAGAAUCGGUAUAUCUCUUAAGCUUUGCAUAUCCAGCUAUAUUCACUGUUAUCCGGACGCGGUUCUCUGCUGUUACCAAAUACCAACAAUGUCCUGACAAACCAUUGAACACGAAAUCCAAGGCUGAUCUUGAAAAGGAUUCCCAAUUACGGAUUGAAUCACUUUCGAGGCUUGUGCGCCACCACAUUAUAUCUUCGUACCUUCAUACCAGCAGCCCGAGGCCAACUGAAGACACAUCUAUUUCUUCGUACCCGCACCCAUCACUUUCUACACUUUUGCUGAAGCAGCUGGCCGAAGCAGUGACCAGCCUUGAAAUCGAGGCUGCAAAGUACUUACAGGACAUUGUUCCUUUACUCUCCUCAACUCUCACAAAUCCUUUCGGUUUGGCAUAUGUACCAUUGCUCAUCGCAGCUAGCCAAUGCUAUCAGUCAGUUAUUUUGAAUUGCUGGCCACGCUUAUCAAGAUGGAGAGGGGAUAUUUUGGCUGGAAUAUGCACAUGCUGGCUUCGGCUGUGUGAUGAGAAAGAGGACGGUGUAUCCUCAAAUGACGAAGAGCCGAAUGACAGAGAACAUCUUCGGUCCAUUUUAAAAAGAUUGGUAAUACUUUUGAAAGCCAUUGAGUUCGACAAAGUAUCUGACUUCGAAGCCGAGCUUAAGGAAUUGGUAGAUGCCGAUGAUAGACUGGAAACCUUACUUAGAUAG